AUGCCGCUUGUUGUUGUUCAAUUGAGAGGUGAAUCUUGCAAGGUUCACAAGCCUUGGUUUGGCGUAAACGUGGUGGAAUCUGUAAGCUUGCGAGAGUUGUUCAACGAUUUUAUUUCAGGCUCCCUAGACGGUCAAAUCGCAAACACCAACUUGUAUCCUGAUCCGACCAGUUUUCCUUCGGUAGCAGUAGGAUCAAACAAAUCAACCCUCACACCAGUGGACCUCGAAUCAAAAGUUGGCGAUGUUGUUAAAGUCCUAGGAAAUUUUGUCGAGUUUGCCGUGUGCAAACGAAAUGAAGCACUGGAAGUCAAUGUUGCUUCGGUGAACGACGUCCUUAUGAAAGCUGCAUAUGUAUGUACAGAAAUUUAA